ACAUCCUUCCUUCCCAUUAUUUUUCUUCACUCCUUUCCUUCCCACACUUAUUCCUCUGCCCAAGAACACGAAUUCAGCAACUGAACCCACGCAAUGGUGGAAGCCACGUCAUCACCUUCGCGGAGACGACCCGCCACACCGACCUCAGCGUCGUCCGGAAAGGUGCUUCUAAGUUCGACAACAACGAGGAGCCUGUCUGUGUCGUUUCAGGGCGAGUCGUUUCGGAUCACCGUGAACAAAGCCAAAGCAGCAACCAACGCUGUUUCUGCUCCGAAACCGAGAAACUCACCGUCGCAUUCUCCGCGAGGAGGAGUUAUAAAUAGCAGGGGCCAAGUUUCUUUCACUCGUCCCGCUUCGCCCAACAAGGCUUCCUCCGCAACCAGAGGUUUGAGCCCCUCGCGCCUCAGAAACGGUGCGUCCCCUAACGAGCCUUCUAUUUUGAGUUUUGCCGUUGACGUGAAGCGAGGGAGGGUCGGAGAGAACCGAAUUGUCGAGGCGCAUUCGCUCAGACUUCUCUAUAAUCGUCUCUUGCAGUGGCGUUUCGUCAAUGCCAGAGCAUAUCUUCACCUCUCUGCACAAAAUUCUAACGCUCAGAAUUGUCUCUAUGGUGCUUGGGCAUCCACCACUAAACUACGAGAAUCUGUAUGUGCCAAAAGGAGGGAGUUACAAUUCCUGAAGCAUAAGUUGAAGCUCAUUUCCAUCCUCAAGGAGCAAAUGAUGUAUUUGGAAGAUUGGGCUAUUCUUGAUCAAGUUUACACAAGUUCACUUUCGGGAGCUAUUGAAGCACUCAAGGCUAGCACCCUCCGCCUUCCGGUUGUUGAUGGGGCCAAGGCAGAUGUACUGAAAGUGAAGGAUGCUCUUUGUUCAGCGGUGGAUGUAAUGAAAGCUAUGGCAUCCUCCAUAUGCUUAUUGUUACCAAAGGUUGUACAUGUAAAUUCGUUGGUGGUUGAAGUUUCUAACUUGAGUACCAAGGAGCAUGCUUUGCUCGAUCAGUGGAAAGACCUUUUAUCAAUGGUUACAGCCAUGCAGGUUAGAGAGUGUAGCCUGAGAACGCAUCUCACUCAACUUAAAUGCUUACAUGAAGGCUGAAGCUCAACAUUGAAAGUAACGAGCAUAUAACUGUUGUAUGUAUGACCAAGCUCACUUUCAUUGCUAACGUACCGAAAAAUAUGAUGUUGUGUGAUAAUAGGUGUGCUUAUUUUGGCCUUGCAUUCGAUACGUGCCUGUGUAUGAUGUCAUUCGAUAUAUACGCCUUUUCUUUGUUAUUUUAAGAAGUUCCAAAGGAUGUAUAUAAACAGUGUAGCAUUGUUAUUUAUUAGUUGAAUCUGUUGUAUAAUUACGAUGCGGUUAGCAAGGUAUCUGAUUUUUAUUUUUUUUUGUGUGUUUCUUAUUAUAAGGGGGGUUGGUAUGUAUCCAUGGGAAUUAUCCAAA